UUUUAAUCUUAUAGACAAGGAUGAUGCCAAUAUCAGUACACUGGAAAACAAGCAACAUUGAAAAGCAAAGCAAAUUGAAGCAGGAAUAAAAGAUAUUUUCCAUUUCAUUCAGAAAGCCGCACACUUUGUGGCUAUUGUGGGAAAAGCACAGAGUUCAAAUCACAAGAGCAUUCACACUGGAGAACAGCCAAAUAAAUACUCUGAAUAUGCCCGACAACUGCUCCCAAUGUGGUAAAUUCUUUAUCAAGCAUGGCAACUUUGUGAUACACCAGAGAAGUCACACAGGAGAGAAACCCUUUAAAUGUCCUGAAUGUGGGAAAAAUUUCAGUCAGAGUUGCCAUCUCAUUAGCCACCAGAGGAUUCACACAGGAGAGAAAUGCUUUGACUGCCCUGAUUGUGGGAAGCGUUUCAGUCAGAAUUCUACUCUGGUGAAGCACCAAAGGACUCACACAGGAGAAAAACCUUUUCAGUGUCCCGAUUGUGGGAAACGUUUCAAUCAGAAUUCCCACCUAGUGAUACACAACAGGAUUCACACAGGAGAGAAACCGUUCGAGUGUCCAGAUUGUGGGAAAAGUUUCCGUUCCCAUAUUAACCUGGUGAACCACCAGAGGAUUCACACAGGGGAGAAACCGUACAAGUGUCUAGAGUGUGGGAAAUGUUUCAAUCAGUAUUCCUCCCUGGUGAAACACCACAGGACUCACACAGGAGAGAAACCCUUUGAAUGUCCUGAUUGUGGGAAAAGUUUCAGUCAGAAAUCCUCCUUGGUGUCUCACCAGACAACUCACACAGGAGAUAAACCUUUUGAAUGUCCUGAUUGUGGGAAAAACUUCAGUCAGAAUGUCAACCUACUGAUACACCAGAGGACACACACAGGAGAGAAACCUUACAAGUGUCCAGAUUGUGGGAAAGGUUUUGGUUAUCGUUCUACCCUGGUAAAACACCAGAGGACUCACACAGGAGAGAAACCAUAUGAGUGUCCAGAUUGUGGGAAAUGUUUCAGUUUGUAUUCCAACUUGGUAAACCACCAGAGGAUUCACACGGGGGAGAAACCGUACAAGUGUCUAGAGUGUGGGAAAUGUUUCAGUCAGUAUUCUUACCUGGUGAAACACCACAGGACUCACACAGGAGAGAAACCCUUUGAAUGUCCUGAUUGUGGGAAAAGUUUCAGUCAAAAUUCCAGCCUGGUGAUACAUCAGAGGUCUCACACAGGAGAGAAACCCUUUGAAUGUCCUGAAUGUGGAAAAAGUUUCAGUCAGAAUUCACACCUGCUGAUACACCAGAGGACUCACACAGGAGAGAAACCAUUUGAAUGUCCAGAGUGUGGGAAAACUUUCAGUUAUGCUUCUGGGCUUGUGAAACACCAGAGGACACAUACAGGAAAGAAAUCAUAAAAGUAUCCAGAUUGUGGGAAUGAUUUCCAUAUUUGACCUAACAUUAUCAGCCAUGUACUUUAUACACAAGGGCACAAAUACACAAAUGUCCAGUCUAUAGUCUUUCAGAAGCAAAUCACCUCUUAUUGCAUACAAGCUAAUGCACAUGAGGCAAAAGUUGAGUUUAGAGAAGGCUUGAAUUUCAUUUCUGAUCUCUUAUUUGGGAAAUGAAUGUACAGAAUUCUGCCCUGAUUCUUUUUAGUCAACACAUCUCAAGAGUUGGUGGAGAGAGAUAAAGAUGGAAAAUGGUAGGCUGUUAAAAGCUAACUUUUUGGUUAUCAGCAGAUGUUUCUGGAUAUUUCCUUUUGCAGAACUUGUGAAAUUACUGCAAAGAGACUUUUGGGUGGUGUGUUUUGUACAUGGAUUAUGAUAUUUCCACAUUUCAGCCUUCUAUCUUGGUGUACUCUGGAUGUUGAGCCCCAGAAUUCCCUAGCCAACAUAUAAGUAGUUCUCGGGAUACAACUGUAAUGGGGCCUGCCAGUUAGAUCCUGGCAGGCCCCUUUAGAGAUUGAGAUCCUGCUUUCCUUAAUUAACCUGCUCUUAUUGAAUUAGUUAAAUGAGUGCGAGUUAUGAAGCAGAACACUGGUUACCUCAGGUUUGGGGAAAACUCUUGGAGGCAGGAUGCAGGGUCUCACUUGCCUUCCAAAGGCCUCCUCUACCCCAACCCUUGGAUCCUUCCCUGACAGAGUCCCCUUAAGCCUGUUACUCCCAUGCAGUGUCCCCCAGGCUUUCCCAAAUAGGACUCGCCAGGCCUCUCCCUCUGCCACAGGAUCCCCACAGGCUUUUUUCCUCUCCCGCUGGCUCCCUGCAGUCCUUAGCCUUGACCCCUCCAGGCCUCACACCCUCUCCUCCUCCGUAUCUUUUGAAGAUCUCUGAACCUCAUGUUGGGGAAGGAUGCGGGAACACGUACAGCACUGUCCCGCAUGACAAUGUCCCGGAAGCAGCUGUUAUUUUUAAUGUACCCGUGA